GUAGAAGUAGGGAUUGGAGGCUUGCCUGGUGCACAGAGCUAUAUCACAGCGUUAACAAGCAGCGCGUCAUUUGGACUCCAGUCACUGACAGGCGCAUCACGGCUGCCUCCCAGCGACACACAUGCACCAGUUCUCCACGAAGGGACACAACGACAACCCACACGCACUCAGUGGUCCCCAGUCGCUUGUUAUUAGAGAGACACUUUUGGCUUUUCCUCUGCUGGGAGACGCUUUGUGAAAGUCCUCCAUGAUGCUUGGAGCAGUUAAAAUGGAAGGACACGAACACACCGACUGGAGCACCUACUACGGAGAGCCUGAGUGUUACACCUCUGUUGGCAACAUGAACACAGGCCUGGGAAUGAACUCUAUGAAUACCUACAUGAGCAUGUCCGGAAUGAGCACCACGGCCAACAUGACGGCCAACUCCAUGAACAUGUCCUACGUCAACACCGGCAUGAGUCCCUCCAUGACCGGCAUGUCGCCGGGCACCGGGGCCAUGAACGGCAUGGGCGCAGGCAUGACGGCCAUGAGCGCAGCUCUGAGCCCCAGCAUGAGUCCCAUGACCGCGCAGCCCGCGUCCAUGAACGCCCUCACGUCCUACACCAACAUGAACGCGAUGAGCCCCAUUUACGGACAGUCCAACAUCAACAGAUCCAGAGAUCCCAAGACUUACCGCAGGAGCUACACGCACGCCAAACCUCCCUAUUCCUACAUUUCUCUCAUCACCAUGGCCAUCCAGCAGUCUCCCAGUAAGAUGCUCACACUGGCUGAGAUCUACCAGUGGAUAAUGGACCUGUUCCCCUUUUACCGACAGAACCAGCAGCGCUGGCAGAACUCCAUCCGCCACUCUUUGUCAUUCAAUGACUGUUUCCUGAAAGUGCCCAGGUCUCCGGAUAAACCCGGAAAGGGUUCAUUUUGGACUCUCCACCCAGACUCCGGGAACAUGUUUGAGAACGGCUGCUACUUGAGGAGGCAGAAGCGCUUCAAGUGUGAGAAGAAGACGGCCAUGAAGGAUCCCGGGCGCAAAGGGGGAGACGGGGCAUCAUCUAACUCCAGCUCAGAGAGCUGCAACGGAAACGAGUCCCCGCACUCCAACUCCUCCUCCGCAGACCACAAACGGUCCCUGUCAGACAUGAAGGCGAGUCAGGCCCUGAGCCCGGAGCACGCCGCCGCCUCCCCGGUGUCUCAGGGCCAGCACCUCAUGUCGCAGCAUCACUCUGUCCUGGCGCACGAAGCGCACCUGAAGCCGGAGCACCACUACUCAUUCAACCACCCCUUCUCCAUCAAUAACCUCAUGUCUUCGGAGCAGCAGCACCACAAAAUGGACCUUAAGACUUAUGAGCAGGUGAUGCACUACUCUGGGUACGGCUCCCCCAUGGCCGGGGCGCUUUCUAUGGGCCCAAUGACGGGAAAAGCCGGGCUGGAUUCUGCGUCUAUACCUGACGCGUCUUACUAUCAAGGCGUCUAUUCAAGGCCAAUCAUGAACUCCUCAUAAACAUUCUGCAUGUUGGACUUUUUUCCUUGUUUUAUUUGUAUAUUUGUAAAAACAAAUCAACACCAACAACAUCAGAAACAAACAAAAAAUAUAGACUUUGUGUACAAAAUUGUAUUUCAGAUAUUUUGACGUUUCCCACCGUUUUAGUUGUCAAGUUUAUUAGUAGCCUGUUUAUUUUGAGGAAGAAUGUUGAUUAUUAAAAAAAUCAAAUAAUAAUAAUAACAUCAACAACGUGACAAGGAAUGGACCCCAAAGACACACAACAACUUGCUGUAAGAUAGCUUAUUUCCGCUUUACGGUAUUCCUAAAUGACUUUAAACGCAUCACAGGAUUUGUUCAAUCAUUUGUGUAAUUCCUAUUUAUGGCUUGUAUAUGUGUAUUUCUUGUAGUGACAAGAACAGAAUCUAUAUUAAAGUGUUAUUGGUUUUGUUUUCUGAA